UUCCUUUUUGUCCCCAUCAAAACCCAUUGAAUUUUCCGGUCACACACGGCAUCAUCUCUCUCUCUCUUGUAGCACGCCAGACCCAAACCCUCGUCUCUCUAUAAAAGCCUACAAAUACAGAGCAUGAAAUCUCAAACCAUUAAACGAAUCCACACUCUUUGACAAUGGCUCCUUUACAUCUUCUUCUUCUUCUUCUUCUUCAAAUAUCUGGGUCGUGGGCAGAUUCAUCAGAUUCCGUCUAUGAUUCCUUUGUCCAAUGCUUAUCAAAGCAAACAGGGCAACCGGAGGAAGUCUCCAAAAUCGUCUAUGCCCAAAGCAACGCUUCCUUCACAUCUGUGCUACGAGCAUACAUCAGAAACUCCCGCUUCAACUCCUCCUCCACAUCGAAGCCACUCAUCAUUGUAACCCCAACGCAAGAAUCCCAUGUGCAGGCCGCCGUGAUCUGCUCCAAGAGCAUUGGCAUGCAGCUCAAAAUCCGAAGUGGCGGCCACGACUACGAAGGGAUCUCAUACAUCUCCGAUGAGCCGUUUAUCAUCCUAGAUAUGUUCAAUCUCCGGUCCAUCACUGUCGACAUUGAGGAACAGAGUGCUUGGGUUGAAUCCGGCGCGAUACUCGGCGAACUUUAUUAUAGAAUUUGGGAGAAGAGUAAAGUACUCGGCUUCCCGGCGGGGAUUUGUCCCACCGUCGGCGUCGGUGGGCAUCUGAGCGGUGGAGGGUACGGUAACAUUUUGCGAAAACAUGGGCUGUCAGUGGAUCAUGUUAUGGACGCCAAGAUAGUAACCGCCGACGGUAAAAUCCUUGACAAGGAUUCAAUGGGAGAAGAUCUGUUUUGGGCGAUUAGGGGAGGAGGCGGAGGAAGCUUUGGAGUUAUACUUUCGUACAAAGUUCGGUUGGUUCCGGUGCCGGAAACGGUAACAAUUUUCCGGGUUGAAAGGUACUUGGAAGAUAAUGCGACCGACAUUGUUUACAAGUGGCAGCAGGUUGCUCCCACCACAGACGACAACCUUUUCAUGAGGAUGCUCAUACAACCUGUGAGCUCCAAAGUGAAGAAGGGGGAGAGGACUAUCAGAGCCUCCAUUGUUGCAUUGUUUCUCGGAAACGCAGAGGAACUUCUCUCAUUGUUGGGGAAGGAAUUUCCCGAAUUGGGUUUGAAGAAGGAAAACGUAACGGAAAUGCGUUGGAUUGAUUCCGUUGUUUGGUGGGCAAACUACGACAUAGGCACUUCCCCAGAUGUCCUGCUCGACAGAAAUCUUGACUCGGCGAAUUUCCUGAAAAGGAAAUCGGAUUAUGUCCAGACCCCAAUUUCCAUUGAUGGGUUGGAAUGGCUGUGGAAGAAGAUGAUCGAGAUCGGGAAAACGGGGCUGGUUUUCAAUCCUUACGGCGGAAAAAUGAGUGAAAUCCCCGCUUCUGCUACGCCUUUUCCCCACCGCGCCGGAAAUUUGUUCAAAAUCCAAUAUUCUGUGAAUUGGGAAGAGGAAGGAGCUGAGGCAGACAAGAACUACACAACUCAGAUAAGGAGGCUUUUCAGUUACAUGACUCCAUUUGUGUCGAAGAACCCAAGAAGUGCAUAUCUGAACUACAGAGACCUUGACAUUGGAACCAAUCAUUUUGGGAAGAACAGCUUGGAAGAAGGAGAAGUUUAUGGGGUCAAGUACUUCAACGACAACUAUGAUAGGUUGGUGAAGGUUAAAUCUGCUGUUGAUCCAGAGAAUUUCUUCAGGAAUGAGCAGAGCAUCCCAACUCUUCCAAGAGUCCACUCAGGCGUGAGGGGAUGGCCAGCAUCAACCCUAUCAUCAGGCAAACUUGAGAGACUCUUGUCUUAUUCACACUUCUUAUUCAUAUUAUUGUUUUUCAAUUUGAGUUAUGACAAUUUAUUGAGCUUUUAAUUAAUAACAUUGCAGACCGA